CUUAAAGUCUUCGUUAUGUCUUUUUCAGAGGCUUCUCUCUGUGCAAGUGUCAACAGCUCUGCUUUGGCUCAAUUCUUGGCUCCAAAUGCAACAGGACUUUGCAACUUCACUGUGUUGCAGUUCGCCUGUCUACCAGAGCUGUCGUGGUUAAACUCUCAACAAUUGGCUGACCUGUUGGCUUGCAAACUGUCCAGCAACGUGACAAAAGACACCUGGAAGCUUUUCUUCACCAAAAUAGGCACAAACCUUGAUGAUGCACUGCUGAAGUUUUCCAACAACACUCCCAGUGUCAGCAAUGUGUCUUUUUCCGAUGUGCUGGAUGUGAUUGCUGAAAUCCGGAUCAGUCGCUUUAGUCCCCAGAGACUGAGAGAUCCUGUCUUCAUUCAGUCAUGGUUCCAGGGGCGUCUAAAUCCCUUCUUACCAUCACUGUCUCAAAGUCUCCUGUCUUGCCUCAGCACCAGAAACCUCACCUGUGAAACCUACCGCACUAUCACCACAAGUUUGUUGAAUGCAAAUCUACGAGAUGGACAAGACAUUUGCAAUCCACUGCAACCCACUCAAAGACAGGAUCUGAUCUACACAAACUUCAUGAAAGAUUUCCUCUCUCGCAAUGACAUUGAUGAUCCCGGGUGCCUUAAAGACACAGCCAACAGUACGCAGUGGGUCAACAGAAACUUUGGGCCAUUUGUUCAGUCGGCUCCCCUGAAAGACCUUGUGGCACUGAACAGAAACUUCAGUGCGGUGGAUGUUCUACCUCAGUUGGGUCUGAGACAACUAUCUGAGCUUUCUGUGACUCCUCCUGUGCUAAAUGAUAAUCAAAGCAUCUUCAAUGUCCUGCAGUAUGUUAAGAAUUGCCAGCUUCCUGCUUUCUUUGACCUCUUUUCCCAGAAAGUGCAGAACAUCUCGCUCAGACAAGAUGUAAAAUCAGCACUGAUUCAACAGAUAUUUGACAGAGCCCUCCUAUCUAAUCUAAGCAUCACAAAUCAGGAAGUUGCCAUUUGGCUCCAGAAGAGACUAAAUCCUCUGUUCAACAACCUUUCAGAAAGCUUUGUGUCUCCAUUUUUCGACAUCCUCAACAAAAGGGACUGCAAUAUCACUCAAACCGCACUGGGGCUCUUAGAUGCUGUUCGACCUACAUUACCCACAAACACCAAAAAUGCAAUCUACAAUAGCAUUCUUCAAUCCUUCAUAGGACCACAGCCUCUGAGGUGCUACAGAAACAACAGCUUUAUCAGGUUCUUAAACGAAAGCCUGAACGGCUUUGGGCAGCUUCCAGAUCUGACCACCUUCCUCUCUCUGAUACCACCACCACGGAUAUCUGAGCUUGUAAACUCUAUUGCUCCUUUUGAGCUGGGAAGCUACUUGAGACAGCCAGGAGUGGUGAACAACAAUUCACAAAUCUGCGUGAUCUUUAACAACUUUACCAAAACCCCUGAGUUCUUGGAUACGGAAGAGGUUCCAGAUAAUGUUAAAAGCAGCAUCCUUCCCUGUGUCUGGCGUCUGGCGUUGACAAGUGACAAUGAGACAGAGGUUGAUCUGUGGUUUAACCGUAGACUCAAGCUCUACUUGAAGUUCCUGAACAAAGAUCUAAUAGGGUCAAAAGACACACUGAGCGCAUCUUGCCAAUCAUACAAGAAAAUGGUCAAUGUCUUAGGCAACAAUUUCAGCUUUAAUGGUUCUCAGAUUACCACUGACGAUGUGUAUGCCACCAUCAAGACAUAUCUGAAAACAGACUCUCAAGCAAAAUGCUACAACUCCUCUGACGCAAGAUUGAAUUCAACUGCGUGGUUUGUCAACAACAUUGGUGUAUUUAUAACUUUAUUGACUCUGGACGAUCUCUACUCUUUCGGCCCUCAGACAACGAUGCAACUCUUCGCUGUGAACCCUGAUAACAUAAAUCUGUUCAAUCAAAAGGCACUUCCGAAGAAAGUUCUCAGCCGCUACACAGAGCUCAUCUUUCUACAAAACAGUAACUUUAAUCUAUUUGACUUGCCUUCGUUUUUGCAGUGUGAUGCACCAGUAUCGACAUUCACUAAACUAAAUGAAAAUCAAACUAAUGUAAUUCUUGGAAACUUCAAGGCAUCUUGCUCCGGUGUGGAUCCUGCGAUAUCUGCUGCCCUUGCAAAAAACAUCAAGACCAUAGAUGCUAGCGCUAUUAUCAAUUUGGGAAGCCAAAUUGUUGGCCUAACAACUACACAAAUAAGUUUAGCACCUCCAUCGGUUCUCAUCAAUAGUCUUUCAACGCUGGGCAAUACGUCUGGAUGGUCCUUCGUACAAGCCCAGGCAAUCCUACAAGUGCUUCUCAGUGGAGAUUUCAAGUUAAACACUGCCAGCAGUUUGAUAAGUCUUGGAUCCCUGAUUGGAGGGAUUCCUUCAACGGUCCUGACAAUUAUUUCUCCGGCACAAAUUCUUGAAACAUCCAGAAACACAGCAUUUGUGAAAAACAUACUGGCUGCCCCAGAGAUUGUUCAAACGACCUUUGUGAGACAGUUAAUCAAAGUGCAAUCAACAGUAUCUGCUUUAAUGACAAACAUUCCCAGUGACUUGGCCGUUCAAAUUCCAAGAAAUUUCCUGGAUAUUACCAGCGAAGUAGGCCCAACAGUUCUGAUAGAGUUUAACAAAAAAAAGUGGAAACCUGAACAGGCGGUUCUUUUCUUCGAUUCCGUGGCACGUAUUUUUAACCAGCCUGAUGACCUUUCAGUGGAAGUUUUGCAAGGAUUUACCUGCACACGAGUGCAGACAUUAGAAGUACAAAAAGUCAAAGGCCUGAUCAAAGCCUGUCGAAGGAGACCGAACAGAUCUAAAGUGAUCCUGAGCGAGACUCAGCUGACUUGCAUGUACAACAUUAUUAGAAAGGAAUCACCUUUCGAUUUUGAAAACUACCAUUCAGAUAUGUUGCUGUACUUCAAUUAUGAAACAAUCAACAAAAGCCUCUGCAAGGCAUACUUUACUCAAGUCGGAACAGCAGAUCUCUCAGUCUUUUCAGGCACACUGAGAGGAAGAAGGGACAUUUUGUUGAAUAAUGCUAUAGAUUGCUUGGGCAUUAAUAGAACAAGCAUCAGUAAACAGGAUCUGGCGGUGCUGGGCAACUUGGCAUGUGCUGUGAGCGGUGAUGUCAUCAGAAACUCAGACCCAGAAAUCCUUGAGAACUUGAAGAACUGCAAAGACCUCUCAGAUUCGCAAAUAUCAGCCAUGCAAGAUCUUCUCAUGAAGGGAACAUCAAAAUAUGGGCAAGUUGAUUGCUUGAUUUAAAAAAAAAGUAUAAUA